UUUAUUAGUGCUCCACGGCUCGUUGUGUGCGGAUCGUUAAAAUCGUUUUUUUUUUUUGGGCAUUCGGUGCGACUCUUCGUCGAAAGUGUUAGAAAGUGAUCAACAAUAACAGUAGGUGAAGCAUAGCGAUCUGCCGAGUUAUACUUCACAUAAGUACAAAGAAAUGUGUAUAUGCAGAUGCAUAUCAAAUCGUGACCAAAUUUAAAUGAUUUUCUAGAAGAAAUUUAAUUUAUAAAAAAAGAAAAGAACAGAUUUUCUAGAAAAAAAGUUUUUUUUUAUCUAAAACAAAUUGACUUUUUAAAUCACAAAAUGGAAACAAUAAGCACAAAACCGGCUGGCAAUAAAUCUGCCUUUUCGAUUGCGAAUAUAUUAGAGCACAAAACACUUAGUGUUAACACGCCCACCCCGCCCGCAGCGCACAGUAUCGCCCGUAACGGUGAACAUUUGUCAGUAAUCAGCACAACAUCCUCACCUCUAACGAACAGCCACCAAAGCAUCAACACUCUCGCGCAAACACUGCAGUCACGCAUUGGUGAACCGCUUCCACCAACAAUUGUCAAUCCCAUCGCAACAACAGCUUAUUCGACUCUUACGCCGGAUGUACAAUAUGCUUUCAAGAAUCUACUACUCAAGGGGGAGCAUGGCGCUGGCGGCACCCCAUUGUUGCCAUCACCGGGCGCUUUACGUUUUGAACCCGUUUACGAUCCCGCUUCGCUGAUCUAUCAACAGAUGCUGAAUAUGCAGAAGAACUCGGCUUUAUUUAUGCCACACUUUCAGGCGGCGGCAGCAGCAGCUGGUGCGGCGCCGUCGGGUUAUUGCGAUCAAUACAAUCCGUUUAUGGAAUGCGAAGGUUUCCCUAGUAGCGCCGCCGCUGCUGCUCUCUACUGUAAUGCUGCCUAUCCUGGCUUUUAUAUGCCCAACUUUGGUGUUAAACGUAAGGGAGGUCAAAUUCGGUUCACAUCACAGCAAACGAAAAGUCUGGAGAAUCGUUUCGCCAGCUCCAAGUACCUGUCACCUGAAGAACGGCGACACCUUGCGCUUCAACUCAAACUUUCCGAUCGGCAGGUGAAGACUUGGUUUCAAAAUCGACGUGCCAAAUGGCGUCGCUCCAAUCAAACUAAGCGCACACCACCCUCACAUAUCUUGGGCCAAGCUUUGGGUAGUGGUGCAGCUGUUGGUAGCAGCAGCUCAGGUUGUGCAGUGCCACACAGCAGUAGCACUGGCAGUGGUUAUGGUCAAAUCGAUAGCAGUAGAGAUAUGCUUUCAGAGGAGGAGGACGACGACGACGACGAUAUCGAUGAUAUUGUAGACAGCGAUGAAGAUAAGGUGUAAGGAGAUGUGAAAAGCAAUAAAAUUAAUGAAACAACUUGUGGGUGGGUAAAUUAGGGGGCGUUGCGCUUAGUUUAUGUUCAAUUUCAUAAUUUUUACUUUUAAGUGUUAUAAAAUUAUAUAUUUAUUUUAGAAUUAAUGCGAAAAUUAUGU